AUGAUUGCAAGUAGAAACAUGAAUUACACUACGCUAGAUGAUGUGAAGGAUAUACCCUCUUCUAUUGUUUGGACACAGACGAUGGAAUCAAUUACACUGCAAAUCGAUAUAAAUCAUGUUAGGGUGUCGCUUACAGAGAAAUACUUGAAGUUAUCUACAAAGACUGAUACGAUUACUUUACCGUUAUUUCAGCGAGUGCACAUUGAGCAGUGCGAUGUGGAGCAAAUGAGCCUGACGAACAACAGCAUUAUCUUGACGUUAGAAAAAGAUAGCUUUGAUUUAUGGCCUCAUCUAUUAAUGCAACAGACAGACGAAGAGAUAGAAAGCCAAUUAUUAGAGUCAAACUUCCUAUUAGAGAUUCAGUACAAACAAGACACAGUAGCGAUAUACGAUACAUUAGACUUUGACAGUGUAAUUAAUGGACAGGGAGAGAAGACUGGUCUUGAAUAA